GUCCCCCCCAGCCCCACAUCCCAGCCCUGGGUGCUGAACGACGCUGAAGAAGAGCAGUUGGGUGCUCUGGGUGCUGUGUGUCAGGGCGUCAUUCUGGGGGUAAAAUGGGUGUAAAAAGAGGAUUUUAAGAGGCUUUUAAGUGGCUUUUUUCCCCUCUGACCCCCUCCCUGUCCCCCCCAGCCCCAUGGCCCGGCCCUGAGCUCUGAAGGAUGCCGAAGAAGAGCAGUUGGGCGCUCUGGGGGGCGGCUCUUUUCCUGGCCUGGAACGGGCUCCUGCUGCUCUUCCUGUGGAGCCGCCCCCCGUCCCCUCCCGGGGGCUCCUCUUCCCGCCUGCCCUCGGAGCUCAUCCGGCUGGCCCAGGACGCCGAGGCCGAGCUGGAGCGGCAGAAGGAGCUGCUGCGCCAAAUCCACCGGCUCAGCGGGCUCUGGGAGCAGCGGCGGCGGCGCCAGAAGGCCCCGACGACCCCCCCUCCCAAGGGUUCCGUGGCGGCGCCGAGCUCGGAGGAGGACGCGGCGCUGCCGGUGCUGGUGCUGGCGUGCGACCGCAGCACGGUGCGGCGCUGCCUGGACAAGCUGCUGCGCUACCGGCCCUCGGCCCGGCGGCACCCGGUGAUCGUGAGCCAGGACUGCGGGCACGCCGAGACGGCGCGGGUCAUCGCCUCCUACGGCGACGCCGUGGCCCACAUCCGGCAGCCCGACCUCAGCGACAUCCCGGUGCCCCCCGAGCACCGCAAGUUCCAGGGCUACUACCGCAUCGCCCGGCACUACCGCUGGGCCCUGGGCCAGGUGUUCCGCGUCUUCCGCUACCGCGCCGCCAUCGUGGUGGAGGACGACCUGGAGGUGGCCCCGGACUUCUUCGAGUACUUCGAGGCGGCGCUGCCGCUGCUGCGCGACGACCGCACGCUCUGGUGCGUCUCGGCCUGGAACGACAACGGCCGCGAGCAGAUGGUGGACGUGUCGCAGGCCGAGCUGCUCUACCGCACCGACUUCUUCCCCGGGCUGGGCUGGCUCCUGCUGGCCGAGCUCUGGGACGAGCUGGAGCCCAAGUGGCCGCGGGCGUUCUGGGACGACUGGAUGAGGCAGCCGGAGCAGCGCCGGGGCCGCUCGUGCGUCCGGCCCGAGGUGUCCCGCACCAUGACCUUCGGCAGGAAGGGCGUGAGCCACGGCCAGUUCUUCGACCAGUACCUGAAGUUCAUCAAACUCAACGACCGCUUCGUGCCUUUCACCCGGCUGGACCUCUCUUACCUCAAGAAGGACGAGUACGAGCGCUCCUUCCUGCCCAGGGUCUACUCGGCGCCCGAGGUGAGGGUGGAGGAGCUCCAGGGCAACAGGAGGAGGGAUUUGGGGGCCGUCAGGCUCCAGUACAGCGGCCGAGACGCCUUCAAGGCCUUCGCCAAGGCUUUGGGGCUCAUGGACGACCUCAAAUCCGGCGUCCCCCGCGCCGGCUACCGCGGCAUCGUCAGCUUCGUGUACCGGGGCCGCCGCGUUUACCUGGCCCCACCCCAGGACUGGACGGGCUACGACCCCACCUGGAGUUAGCACCGGCCCCCUCAAAGCACUUUGGGGGGGUUCUCCCCCUCUUUUAGGGGUUUGGGGGUGGGUUUGGUGCCGUUUCGGUGCCCCCGGGCCGAGCGCCGCUCGCUGGGAGGGGCCCAAAGGUGGUUUUGCAGAAUAAAAGGUCGAAAACAGAAA